AAAUGAUGUCCGAGGACCCAAAGCAAAAGGAAAGCUACUUGCUCAUGAUUAAGCGCAACAGCAGCGUGGUCGCCAAAAGGCUUGGCCGGAGAGACAGCAUUCCCGCUGAUAACGCUUCUGGCAGCAGCGAUUUGCACCCUAUUGCUGCUGACCACGUACCAUCCAGAUAUCUUCAGCAGCACGCUGCUCGAGGCACCAAACGACAGCGAAAUGAUUGACCAGACCAGACCAGUUGCCCGUGCCCCAGCCCAACCUGCUUGCUUGCCACGGCCUGCCGGCGCUGCUGACGGGGAGUCCGGCGGCGAUUUGAGAAGCAAUUCCACACUGGCCAACACGCCCCACGGGAUAACCAGUCAGUAUCGGCUGACCAAGCACAUUGAGGUGCUGGGCAACGACUACAGACCAAAGACUGCCGCAUCCAUGCCGUCGUGGCUGCCCAAAGCCGCACUGGAUGGCAAUGUGGAGGUGUCCAAGAACGGCCGGCUGACCGAGGACUCGCGCCAGAUCCUUGCCAACAACCGCGCGGUUGCCUCAUACACACAGGAGCCUGACUCCGACUCGCUGCUGAUUCUGACGCCGAUCAAAAACAACGCCAAGCACCUGGCACGGUACUUUGCGCUGAUAGACCGGUUGAAAUACCCGCGCGACAAAAUAUCGAUCGCAUUCCUGGUGUCGGACUCCACCGACGACACGCAGCAGAUGCUGAUUGAGUCGCGGCAGUGGUACCAGGAGAAGGCGCCUGAGGAGCUGCGUUUUCGCAGGUUCGACAUAUACCGGCAGGACUUUUUCUACUCGCUGCCGCGCGACCAGCGGCAUUUGAGAGAGAAGCAGCGAGAGCGCCGGAUAAUGAUGGCUCGCGCGCGCAACUAUCUGUGGACGCGCGCUCUCGGCGAUGAGCAGUGGGUGCUGUGGAUUGACGGCGACCUCGAGUUCUAUCCGCCGAACAUCGUGCGCGACCUGAUGGCCUACGACAAGGACGUUAUAGUCCCGAACUGCCUCGUGCGCAAGCGCGGCGACAAGGGCCAGUGGAAGCACACAGUGUAUGACCGCAAUGCCUGGCAGGAGACAGAUGCCAGCCGCGCCAUGAUCGCAAACCUCAAGGAAGACGACUUCCUGGUCGAGGGCUACCAGUCCCUCAAGACACACCGCAAAUACCUGGACAACUUCAAGAAAAACGAGACGCUCGUGCCGCUCGAUGGCGUCGGCGGCACCUUCACCCUGCUCAAGGCCCACGUCCACCGCUCGGGCGUCGGCUUCCCCGCCUGGCUCUUCCAGCACCAGGUCGAGACCGAGGGGUUUGCCAAACUCGCCAAGGCCAACGGCUUCGGGUGUUUCGGCCUGCCGUUCUACUACAUCCGCCAUGUUGUCGGGUAGAUGUCUUUUUCAGCGACUCUUUCAUACAGAGCAAUGCC